CUCUAGCUCAAUAGCUCUGCCGCAGAGACUUGCUUUGCUUGACGUUCACUAGGUGCACCAAGAAGCCAAAGCCAAUGGCGACUCUACCUCUGCUCCUGCACCUGCUAUGGGAGGCCUCUCCGUGGGCCCGUGCAGGCGCGGCGACGGCCGCCGUGGUGCUGGUGUGGCUAGCGGCCUGGACGCUUGAGUGGGCGUGGUGGACGCCACGGCGGCUAGACAGAGCCCUACGGGCCCAGGGCCUCAAGGGCACCAGGUACCGCCUCCUCACCGGCGACGUGAGGGAGAACGCUCGGCUCAACCGAGAAGCCCGCACGAAGCCACUGCCGCUUGGGAGUCACGACAUCAUCCCACGCGUGCUACCCAUGUUCCACAACGCGGUGAAGGAGAAUGGGACAAAUUCAUUCACUUGGUUUGGCCCGAUUCCGAGGGUGAUAAUUCCAGACCCGGAAUUAAUGAGAGAGGUUUUGUCUAACAAGUUUGGCCACUUUGGCAAACCACUGUUUAGCCGUGUUGGCAAGUUACUAGCCAAUGGGCUCGCUAAUCAUGAAGGCGAGAAAUGGGCAAAACACAGGAGAAUUCUCAACCCUGCAUUCCACCAUGAGAAAAUAAAGCGGAUGCUGCCUGUAUUUGCUACCUGUUGUGCCGAUAUGAUUAACAGAUGGGAAAAUUCAAUGUCUUCCAAGGAACCUUCUGAGAUGGACGUCUGGCCUGAGUUCCAAAAUCUUACUGGAGAUGUUAUCUCAAGAACUGCUUUUGGUAGCAACUAUCAGGAGGGCAGGAACAUCUUCCAGCUACAAGGAGAGCAGGCUGAACGCCUUAUACAAUCUUUUCAAACAAUAUUUAUCCCAGGCUACUGGCUCUUGCCCACCAAAAAUAACAGAAGGAUGAAAGAAAUUGAUCGGGAGAUCCGUAAAAUUCUGCAUGGAAUAAUCAGGAAAAGAGAGAGGGCUUUUAUAGAUAGUGAAGGAACUAAUGAUGACUUGUUAGGCUUAUUGGUUGAGUCAAACAUGAGGGAAUCAAAUGGGAAUGCAAAACUCGGAAUGACUACCGAAGAUAUAAUCGAGGAAUGCAAGUUAUUUUACUUUGCAGGUAUGGAGACAACAUCAGUCCUGCUUACAUGGACGUUAAUUCUGCUAAGCAUGCACCCUGAAUGGCAAGAGCAGGCAAGAGAAGAAGUUUUAAACCACUUUGGAAUGGGUACACCAGACUUUGAUAACUUGAACCGCCUGAAGAUUGUAACCAUGAUUUUAUAUGAGGUCCUUAGGUUGUACCCACCAGUAGUUUUCCUAUCCAGAAGAACCUACAAGGAAAUGGAGCUCGGUGGCAUCAAAUAUCCUUCAGGCGUGAGCCUUCUACUGCCCAUCAUCUUCAUUCACCAUGAUCCCAACAUCUGGGGAAAAGACGCAAGCGAGUUCAAUCCACAGAGGUUCGAGGAUGGCAUUUCCAAUGCGACCAAGCAUCAGGCCGCCUUCUUUCCAUUUGGAUGGGGUCCCAGGAUCUGCAUAGGCCAGAACUUCGCGUUGCUGGAAGCAAAGAUGGCACUGAGUACCAUCCUCCAACGCUUCUCCUUUGAGCUCUCAUCAUCCUACACUCAUGCGCCAUACACCGUGAUAACUUUGCAUCCUCAGCAUGGUGCUCAAAUCAGGUUGAAGAAGCUUUGACCAUGAUGGUCAUACUGAAUGCCAAAACAUGCACUCCUAGUAACAUAUUGUGAUUGUUCAUGUAUGCAGGUUUAAAUUUAGCUUUGAUAUGAAUAAUGAGAACCAAGUGUGUAUGAAUGGAGUAGGGGUGUAAUCGGAUCGGAUACGAACGGAUAUUGCUUGUACCAUAUUUGUUUCAUAUUUUCUGUUUGGAUUCAGAUAACAUCAAGUUGUGUCGGAUAAGAUUUGAAUAGAUAUUGAUAUCUUAAAUAUCC